CCGCCCGAGCCUGUUGACUUUUUUUUUUUUUUGGCCUUCCGCUCGGGAGUUCUCCGGGACCGAAUCCGAGCGAUUAGGUCCAAGACGUGGCGACAAAGUUUCGGAAAACGCUGUGCUUUCGAUGCUGCUGUCGUGUUCCCGUGUCGCGCCGUCAACGGAGGAGGAACUCCAUUUUUGCUUGGACACGUGGCAAUAGCAAAGCAACACUGGGAAUCCGUGGCCGAUUGCUGGUUUCUUGUUUUUUUCCUUUCUUUUGGAACUUGCAAUCCGACUGUUUUGACUUGACUCAUGCCGAACGAGUGCCGAUCAAUGGCGAAUCCGGAAAUCCGUCCGUCAGCGUGUGAUUCCCGAACUCUCGGCUCCAUUGCGCACGAGUCGCCACACGACACCAUCGCCUCCGUCUCCGACAGUCCAUGCAGUCCCUGCAUGCCCGACUUCGCAGACAUGUGGCAUGACAUUAUGGAUGGCACGCUGCUCGAUGGCGCAGCCGAGCAGCCUCAGCCAUGUCUGCACCCUGCCAAAGGCGAUCCCCAGCCAUCCAUGGAGACUGUGCUGGACCCAUUAGGCACCAGUGACCUGAAUCUGAUCGAAGACGUGCAGCUAGGCUGCUGUGGCGAGUUCGGAGAUCGGUCCGACGACGUUGUCGACCUGGAUCUCCUCGUCACGACGGCAGCCGACAAGCUCUACUCCGACUGUGAUCCAAUACUCGUGCCUCCAUUCCAGCCCAACCAACCACCCCAAUCCACGUUCGCAUUUACGGACCUCCUCACGCUCAAGUGCAACAAUGACCUAGACCCGCGACAGUCGUUUGUGACCCUCACGCCAAACGACGCCGAGUCGGGUGGCAAAAAGGCCGUGUACAAACACGGCCAGGUUUCACCGCCGUCGAGUCCCGAAAACGACGACCGUAUUCAGAAGGGCCAGACCGGUGCGGGGAUCGGGGCUCAGUGGCAACCCUGUUGGGACAAUGUCCAGCUGCCGCAGAUCACGUCGAUCGCCAUUCCUCCAAUCGACACGAAUUCUCCUCGAAUCGGGCACCGCUUCAAAGUAUCACCUUGUUAUGGCCGACUUCAACAAGGUUGUUAUUUGAUGAUCGAUUUCAGCACUCCUGUGCAGAAACGCAGACUAACGGAGCUCAAGUCAGCCACUCGAUUACUCACGCCGCCGGCAUCGCCGAAUGCUGUCGAGGAAUCGUCUGGGGACGAACCCUCGUCUUCCUCGUCAUCGUCGAGCGGGCACCCGGCCCUGCUUAACCAGCUGGCGCAAAGCUUGGACUUCGGCAAGGCCAAGAAACCCGGCAAGAAGUCGUGGAACAAGAAGCGGCUCACGGCGCACGUGUGCCAGCACCCGGGCUGCCAGAAAACCUACACCAAGUCCUCGCACCUCAAAGCGCAUCAACGCACCCACACCGGCGAGAAGCCCUACGUGUGCUGCUGGAAGGGUUGCGGUUGGAAGUUCGCCCGCAGCGACGAGCUCACGCGUCACUACCGGAAACACACCGGCGAUCGUCCGUUCCGGUGCCGCCUGUGCGAAAGAGCCUUCUCUCGUUCCGAUCACUUGUCACUACACAUGAAACGCCACGUGUCGGUUUAGCACCGCUGCGAAGACCUUUGUCCAUGAGCAGAGAAGAGAGAAACAAAUCCGCGUUGGCCCAUCAGUGAAGCAAUCGAAAACGAGCGUGCCAAUCCUGCGGGCGAUGCAUGGCAGACAGGCACGUAGCAGGAGACGGACUGAUCCGCGGAUCCGAGUGAUGCAUAGAGUUGAGGCUGCACCAGUUGCCAUAAUUUCCGGACGCGAACGUUCCAAAUGGUUUAAUUUAUGCGGUCUUGUUGUCGUGGCCCAUCCCUAAUCUCAGGAGCAUUCCUAAAAGUCUUUAAUUGAGUAAUCACGGGGAGAACUUGUUGUCGUUUCGGUGCGAAAGAGCGGUUUUUGGUGGCGCCUCGAGCCCGAGCUUGUUUGGAAGUCGUUAAAUCUCUUUUCCGUGCGUAACAAACAGACUUGAGUUGGUUGUUUUCCCCUUUUCCUUUUUUUGCGGACCUUGCGACAGUUCGGAGAACAAUCCUGUCGCAAUGAAUCGGACUCGAAGGCCCUCCCCCCUUUUUUUGUAUGUUGUUCGGCGUGCCGGCGACUGAUUGCACGGUCGUUGAUGGCAAUCGCCGCGUUUUCCGCCGCCCACGGAUCAGUUACUCAGCGUUUAUUCUUUCGCGGAUGGAGCAACGCUUAGAUUUAUGCAGGCGAGAUGAAUCGUAAUGGGAUCCAAGGCGUGGGCAGAUCUUUCAAUCGUCUGGCUCGUGUACCCGGAUGUCCCGCGCGAUCCGGUUGCAGGCCGUUGUUGGUCAAAGAAUUCCACCGGACGCUUGUUUCGCUCCAUUGGCUGUUUAUGCCGCGGAGUUUUUAUCGCCGUCGUGUCCGGACUGAACAAGGCCCAGAGCAGCUAGGCGACAAAACGCGUCGCCCUCGGUGUGGACGGCAACUGCUCUGGCGGCUCCCAUCCGGGUGGUCGGGAAAUGAUCAUUUCCUCGCUAUCGCCGUCAUCGGAACCCCAUCGCUUGCGUCGAUGAAACUGGCGCCCCCUGGGAAGGUACCUUGAUCUAAAAGCAUGAGGUUGCUCGAGAAGUGGAAUGCGAAAUGACGCAAUAUCAAAGGACUUUGUUCUGCAUCCUGAAAUCCACCGAAUACAUUUUCGAACCCGUCCCGAUUGACUGCCGCCACGCACGGUCAUAUCUUCUCCACAAUGGAUUCUUUCGGGUUAAUUUCACCUCUAGAGUAAUCGACAACCUUAACGAAGGGACUCACAUCUCUAUUCAAUUUUUUCGAUCGAGAAUUACUCUAUAAAUAUGCCAAAUCGCCCAAACACAUCUUCGCGAACGUUCCGCUCAAGUCCCGUCGAACUCAGUCGUCACGUCAUGUUAUUAACUCAUCUGCAUCUUCGUUGCUAUUCAGUAUACAAGUACUUUUUUGACGAGUGGGGACAUUUUAGCUUUAGAAUACUGUAUCGAUACAGUAUAGUCACACUGAAGGGGUUAAAAUCUGUGUACGAAGGUUCUAUCGUCAAAAUCACUCAAUUUUCAAUGACAUAUUUUAAUGAAUAUGGCGAUACGCAGUCCAUUAAUUUGCUGCGUCGUUCCCGAAAAUCUCUUGUCAGACCGAAGUCAAUCCAACAUUUUUACUAAUGAAUGGCAACCACCAGAUCUGCUUUCAGAAUCCUUGUUACGGCUAUACAUUUUGAAAAUUUGCAUCGUUGAUGUAAAAUAAUCGGAUUUUGUCCUGUGUGACGCUUACGGGAAAGAUUAAAUUACCCCUACCGAAGAACCUAAAUGGUUGACGAAAAGCUUUUUUUUUUUGUCACAACCGUGCCGAUUGGAGACGGUCAGAUGAAAACCGCGCACGAAAAACCACUCCGGGAAAAUGACAUGGCGCUUGUGAAUGUCUAUGGUGGUCUGUGUAAAAUCCAAGUAAAAUACGUGUAUUGAAAAUCAUUAAUAGAAAAUAACGUCACGCAAAUUCCCCGUUGCAUCAAAAUAUUGGGCCUGGAGGAUUUUCUUCUGUAUGCUUCCCUUCAAAAAACGACCGUCGGCGUUUUCAUUUUACUUUUAAGGGAGUAGUUUUUUCCAUCAAAGGAAAUGAGAUAAUUGCCAGAUAAAUUAAAAGAUAUUUUGCUGUUCAUAAACUUUUGAAGCCUCC